AUCCUUUUUGGCACCGCAGGGCUACUGUACUCGGUCAGACAAUCGCUGGUAGCAAACGAACGGUAACCGACUGCACCUUCAGGAACAGGUGAAAGUACUCGUUUACAACUUUUCUCUUAGUUUUUCCUUAAGUGAUGGCAUCGUCUGCAAUGAUCACCGUCCCUACUACCGCCUCCCGCUUUGCCCUGCUCCAGAUAGACUCAGAUUCGGACUCUGAUACCUCCGAGCCGGGGAAGACUGCUACCAAAAACGGACGGGACUCCUCUGGGAAGACACGACAAGGAAAAUCGGGAGCAGCCGGGGGCAAAGCUGCUCAGGGCAACGACAAGAAAAAAGACAAGAAAAAGAAGAAGAAGGAACAGCAGCAGAGUGAGGCAAAUGAAUUGCGUAAUCUGGCCUUCAAAAAGAUUCCUCAGAAGUCUUGUGCCCCGCCACCCUGUAUGACACUGUCAGGAAUAGCCAGUGAACUUCUCAACCCUGUGUCAGGAGACCACAAUAUACCUUCAGAUGGGUGGCAGCAGUGGAAGCAGAGAGAUGAGCAGAUAACCACAGAACUGUAUGAGGCAGACUUGGAAAAGGCCUUGAUCCUAAGUAAACUGGAGUACGAACAACAGAAACAGAGCACCACAAACACAUCCUCACCAAAGUCACGAGGAGGAAAAGAGGGUGGCGGGAAGAAGGACAAAAAGAAAAAUCAGCAGGCAAAAGACAAAAAGACAGUUUCUCUGCAGGACUUCCAGGCUGAAGGUAGUGCGGACCAUUUAAGUAGGAAACAAGAAAAAGAGGACAGCAGAGCGGCUAACCCAGUGCCAGGGACUGGCCAGGAGGAGCGGUUUUUUAACAAAUUGGAAGAUGAUGUCAGUCGGAUUAUCCAGAGGGAGAAAAGACGGGAGCAGUACGCUAACAGCCAGGGGCAAGAAGUCAACACCUCCACAGAGCAUGAGCCUGACCCCCGAGCAGAGCAGCUGAAGUACGAGCUGGAGAAGAAAGACCAGGAAAUUGAUAAGCUAAAGAAGACCAUCUCACAGUGGGAGGUGAAAUACAAGGAAGUGAAAGCAAGAAAUGCGCAGCUGCUUAAGAUGCUCCAACAAGGAGAAAUGAAGGACAAAGCAGAAAUCCUUCUACAGGUAGAAGAACUACUGCAUAUUAAAGAAGAACUGUCAUCACAGGUCACAUUACUACACGGUGCCCUCGAACAAGAAAGGUCUAAAGUCAAAGGACUUCAGUCAGAACAACCAAAACAUCAGGGAAACAAAAAGGGAAAGAAAGGCUCCGAGACGGAUCUAUGAAGAUUUCAAAAGGAAAAUACCUGAAAAGAAAAAAUAAAUAAACAAAUGAACAAAGGAAGAAAAACACAGCUGAUCAUAUUUGGGGUUCUUCUUCCUUAUUUUUUUAGAUCAGACUUCCUGUCAGCCUAUAAUGCAUGCCCUCCUAAUGACACACACAGAAUACACUCCUGGUGUGGCACGACGUGUAACACAACUGAACGAGAGUUUCAGAAGCUUUUAAAAAUGAUUGAGUACAUUUUAAGGUUGUGUUGUAAUGGUGGCCUGGCUCUCUGUGCUGCCCUCUGCAGGCAGUAGAGAGCUACUGGAUCUCAGUACUGUUGGAGGCUGUGUGCCUGAUGUUUCCACGUGCUCUGAUGAGAAUAUGACGGAUGUGAAAUGUAUGCUUUUGGUUUUUCUUUAUCACUGUUAAGUAAAUAAAAUACUUUUUCAGUGAAAUAGAA